AUAUACAUACACAGAGAGAGAUCAUACAUUCAGAGCCAACCAUACAAUCCUAUAACCCAUUUGCCCAUAAUUCUGAAAUCUCUGGUUUUACAUUCAGAGCAUUUAGAAAUGGAUGUGAAUCAAGCAUCAGGGCUCAAUUCAGGCAGUGGCAGACAAGCUGAUCGUCCUGGAAUCUUAAUCAAAAGAAGAUCAAGUCUGCGUUUUGUGGAGCCAGAGUUUGAGCCUAAUUUUGAAUGGAUGGACACACCUGGAGCCCAUGCUCUUGUGGCUGAACUCCCAGGUUUCAAAAAUGAAGAUGUAAAAGUACAACUUGAUAACCAGGGAAAUCUCAUAAUUAGUGGAGAACGUUUUGUUGAGGAAAUGAUACUUGUAGAAGGGAAUUGGCGUCCUAGGAAGAGGCCAGGUUUCAAGUUUAGAAAGGUUUUUAGUAUUCCUGAGAAUGUUAACACUACAAACAUUGCUACUAGAUUUGAAAACGAGUUGUUUCACAUUACAAUCAAUAAAUUGAGACCAUCCAUAGAAAUCAAGUCUAGUGAUAUCUUAGACCAAGAGAAAAAGAGUAUCCCACAAGUUGGUGAAAGUAGUGCAAGAUUUACUGAAGAAUCCAAAGAGAAAAAAGAUGACAAGGCAUCAAGUGGUAAACCAGAGCAAAAUCUAAGAGAUGAGAAGGUUGAAACUUCAGAAGUUGCAAAGUCUAGUGCAACUCAAGUUGACAAUGUGCCAAGCAAUAAACUAGUUCAAAAUAAUAGAGGUGAGAAGGAUGAAACUCUAGAAGCUGUAAAGUUUAGUGCAACUCAAGAUGACAAAGCAGUAAGCAAUAAAAAUGAUCAAAUUCCAAGAGAUGAUAAGGCUGAAACUUCAAGAGUUUCAAAGCCUAGCACAACUCAAGAUGACAAAGCUCUAAGUAAUAAAUCAGAUCAAAGUGAAAGAGAUGAGAAGGCUGAAAUUCUAGGCAUUUCAAACUCUAGCACAACUCAGGAUAACAAAGCAUUAAGCAAUAAACCUGAUCAAAGUCCCAGAGAUGAGAAGGUUGAAACUCUACAAGUUGCAAAGUCUAUUGUAGUCCAAGAUGAACAAGCAUCAAGCAAUCAACCAAAUCAAAGUCAAAUAGAUAAGAAGGUUGAAAUUCCAAAAGUUGCAGAGACUAGUGCAAUUCAACAAGAUGAUGAGAAGGUUAAAACUCCAAAAGCAACAAAAUCUAACACAACUCAAGAUACAAUAAAAAUGGGGACAAAAUUAGAAGCUUCUAAUAAGAUAGAAGAGUUGCCCAAACGCCCAUCAUUAUUAGCUAAAGGAAAUUUGGUUGAUUCUAAUACCCAGCCAGAGCAAUUUGAAUUAGUGGAUUUUGAUCAAGAAGAAAUUCAAAUGAGUGUUGGUGACCAAUUUAAAGAUAAAUUGAUUGAAAAUACAUCAAUUAAGAGCAACCCUUCUCAUGAAGACCUUGUACAAGAAACACGAGUGUCAAGCUCAAAGGUCAAGAAAGAAGGUAAAGGUGAAGAAGAUAAGCAAACUAUUUUGAAAGUUUGUCCUUAUGUGUCUCAGUUCAUUUUAUCUAGGCGUGAAUUGGUGGCUGUAGGUGCAAUUGUUAUCUUCUCUAUUACCUUGUAUAUCACCUAUACAUUAAAAUAUCCAUAGGAUUAGAAGUUAAGAUAGGAUAUAAGGACCUUAGAAGUUGCAUCAUGUAAUCCUUAGCACUAGGUUUAAUAGGAAGUAUGGAUUUUCUUGUUUCAUGUUUAUUUGUUCUCAAUGUAAUAAAGAUAUGUGCCCCACAUAUCCCAUUAUGAUAUAUAUGUAAGUCUAAUUAUUUCUCAAAUAAUACAAACUUUUAUUUAUUAA